UGCAGGAACCAUGCAUCGUCCGAUAAGUCGUCAGCCGGUGCGAUAAGGCGUGCGCGUCGGUCGUCAUCGCCGUUGCCCGGCGCGUCGCAUACAGCUCUCACAGCAGGUUCAUCGCAACAUUACUGCUCCGUUGUUGUGUAAUUGAAAGUCAGCAUCGUCAGAGUCUUGGUCGUUUCCCACGUCCCAUCUCUUCAGAGACGGCAGCCAAACGUCUCAAUUCUUAUCCUUUCCCCGCAGAUCUUCCACACCAUGGCUGAUGAGCCUACAGCCAGUGCGGCGCAGAGCAAUGGCCCUCCACCCAAGACACGAAGCGACAGCUUCACCUCGCAACAGUCAACAGAUUCACAGACUGCUGCCGACUUCAUCAGAAGCCAGAUGCAGCUCGAGGCUGAUGCCCGCGAGGCAAUGCCAUAUAGCAUUGACAACUGCACGAAACCGCUCGGCUCGCUACGCCAGAACGUCUUUGCCUGCCUGACGUGCAAUCCCCCGCCAGCCGCCCCCUCCGAUCAUUUCGCGCCUGCAGGGAUCUGCUAUUCGUGCUCCGUACAGUGCCACGGCGAACACGAGCUCGUCGAGAUCUUCCAGAAGCGCAACUUCACGUGCGACUGCGGCACGACGCGGUUCCGACCCGACCAGCCAUGCACGAUCCGUGUCGACCCGGCGACCAACACAAAGGGCAAUGUCCACUCGGAAGAGCCAGCCGCGGACAACAAGUACAACCACAACUUCAGGAACCUAUUCUGCUCUUGCGCGGUGGACUACAAGCCGCAGGAGCAGAAGGGAACAAUGUUCCAGUGUCUGGGGCUGGGCACCGUCGAAACCGGCGGCUGCGGUGAGGACUGGUGCCACCCGGGCUGCUUGGUGGGCUUGGGCCCGAAGUGGUACGAGUCCAUGACUCCUGCCAAGAAAGAGACAGAAGCGGCACCAAAAACGAACCUGGAGUCUAUCGCAGAGGAUGGCCAGCCGACCGCGGCACCGCAGGUGGCGCAAGAUGAGGAGGAGGAUGAUGACAAUGAUGUUCCGCUUCCAGAUGGCUUCCCGGCCGAGGACGAGUUUGAGCAUCUCAUCUGCCACAAGUGCGUCGAGGCGAAUCCGUGGAUCAAGCGCUAUGCUGGCACAGACGGGUUCCUGCCACCAGUUUACUUGUCCAAGGACAGCGCAGCGACCACGGCGACAGCCGCAACAUCACAGAAGCGGAAACAUGACGCGGAUGACGACAGCGAGCCAGAGCGGAGUACAGUAGCUGCCAAGCGGCUCAAGCAAGACCCCGAGCCCGAGCCUGCGACUGCAGAACCAUCCGAGUCAGAAGCCAAGCCAGAUCCGUCAGAGACUGUCACGAUCUCAUCCUGCAAACUUGAGGCGUUACCGCCGCAACAUCCCGGUGUUUACUCGCUUUUCGUGAAGCCCAACUUCCGGGAGCAGUUCUGCCGCUGCCCCUCGUGUUUCCCGCAGCUCAGCGCGCACCCGCAGCUGCUCGAAGAGGAGGAGGCGUACGAGCCGCCGCUCACGGACGGCGAGAACUCGGAGGCCGGCGGAUCGGGAGGCAGUGCCAACUCGCUGCUCGAGCGCGGCGAGUCGGCGCUCAAGAACGUCGACCGGGUCCGCGCGAUCGAGGGCGUGAUGGCGUACAACCACCUCAAGGAGCAGCUGAAGCCCUUCUUCCAGCAGUUCGCCGAGAGCGGGCAGGCCAUCAGCGCCGAGGAUAUCAAGGGGUACUUUGCGAAGUUGCGGGGUGACGAGGCGGGCAUCAAGCAGGCUGGUGAGGAUGCGGCGGCGCGUGGCAGUGGAGCCGGAGGGGGUAGUGGUGGGAGCGGAGGCAACGACAGGAAAGAGCAGUCUGGCUAUUGACGAGCUGUGUGAGCACUACAUGGAUGGUGCUACGUCUGCGAACUCCAAGAACGAAAUGGUGACGAGGCUUGAGGACAUUCCGAGCCAGGACUCGGGCCGCAGAGCCAACUUGGGUUGCUUCUUGUGGGGGAGGGUGUUGGUGAGGUUAUGACCCAACUCUAAAGACCUGGACCAGCAUGAGGUCAUGUGAGGUUACUACGCUUUUGUUUUCUGAAUCCAGGUACUCAUGUAGGAACUUUCAAUCAAGAUAUCCCAGCCAAGGCGGCCUGUUUCUG